UCUUUUUCACACAUGGAAACUCGACGUGUGGUGAACCCUCAAAGCAAAAAUAUUCUCAUAACCAGUGCACUUCCAUAUGUGAACAAUGUUCCUCAUCUCGGCAAUCUCGUGGGUUGUGUAUUAUCAGCCGAUGUAUAUGCACGUUUUGUUCGACAACGAAAGGAAAAUGUGUUGUAUAUUUGUGGCACCGAUGAAUACGGCACGGCGACAGAGACAAAAGCACUCGCAGAAGGUGUCACACCAAGAGAAAUAUGUGACAAGUUUUUCAAGUUACAUAAAGACAUAUACGAUUGGUUUGACAUCCGCUUCGACUACUUUGGAAGAACUUCCACUUCACUUCAAACAGAAAUAUGUCAACAAAUAUUUUGGGACAUUUUUCACAACGGAUAUGUUACGGAAGAAAGUUUGGAACAACUGUUUUGUGAGUCGUGUGGCCGGUUUUUAGCGGAUAGAUAUAUCACGGGAACUUGUCCGAUGUGUGGCUUCGAAGACGCUCGUGGAGACCAGUGUGAUAACUGUGGUCGAUUAUUGAAUCCUACCGAUUUAUUGACCGCACGUUGUUCUUUAUGUAAAAAUUCACCUGUGGUGAGAAAGAGUGACCAUUUGUUUCUAGAUUUGCCAGCGUUGAAGGAUCAACUGGAAAAGUGGAUAGAGAAGUCAUCUGUAAAGGGUGAUUGGAGUUAUAAUGCCAUUCACAGUACUUACAAGUGGUUGAAUGAAGGUCUUAAGAAACGGUGCAUAACAAGAGAUUUGAAAUGGGGAACACCCGUUCCGUUGGAGAAAUAUAAAGACAAGGUAUUUUAUGUUUGGUUCGAUGCACCGAUUGGAUAUCUUUCCAUCACAGCUAACUAUACGAGUGGUUGGAAAGAUUGGUGGCAGAAUCCAGAAAAUGUCACCUUGUUCCAGUUCAUGGGGAAAGAUAACGUUCCUUUUCACACCGUUAUAUUUCCAGCCACUUUGAUAGGUACCCAACGCAAAUGGACUAUGCUUCAUCACAUUUCGGUAACCGAUUAUCUCAACUAUGAAGAUGGAAAGUUUUCAAAAAGUCGAGGUGUAGGAGUAUUUGGAAACGAUGCCAAGGAUACAGGUAUCCCAACGGAGGUUUGGCGAUAUUAUUUGUUAGUCAAUCGACCAGAAAAUGCAGACACCGUGUUUUCUUGGGACGACUUUGCUGCUAAAAAUAAUAAUGAACUUUUGGCAAACUUGGGAAACUUUGUGAAUCGAACCAUUGCGUUCCUCAAUAGUUAUUUUGAAGCUCGAGUACCCGAAUAUGAGUUGCAAGAAUUGGACGAGAGAUAUAUCCAACAGGUGGAUGAAGAACUACAAAACUAUUUGCAGACGAUGGAAAGAGUGUCAUUGAAAAAUGGGUUGAGAAUAGCGAUGAGUAUCUCACGUUUAGGAAAUAUGUAUUUGCAGGAAACAGCGCCGUGGAAAUGGAUGAAUAGUGAUAAGAACAGAGCGGCAACUGUAUUGGUAGUCGCUGUCAAUAUUUGUCGUCUAUUGGCAGUUGUAUUGGAACCAUUUAUGGGUGCUGUGUUUUCUCGAAAGAUAUUUGCACAACUGAACAUUCCACAUACCGAUGAGACCAAUUAUAUACCUGAUAAGUUUCAUCUCCAUCUGGUGGAACCUGGACAUGUAGUAGGUAAACCAUUUCUGUUGUUUUCGAAGAUAACCACAGAACAAGCUUCACAAUUGCGAAAGAGGUUUGCAGGUGGACAGUUGAAAGAAUCCAGUCCAAUACAAACCCAUGGAGAAGAAGCUUUGGCGAUAGAGAUGCGCGUCGGUCGAAUUGUGCAGGUGGAAGAACACGUCGACUCCAAUCACCUGUAUAUAUGCCAAGUUGAUUUAGGCGAAUGGGGUGGAAUCAAGCAAGUAGUUGCAGGAAUUCGAAACUAUUUUACAAAGGAUGAGUUGUUGGGUCGUACAGUUAUUGUAGUGUGUAAUUUGCAGCCUGCUUGUUUGGCAGGUGUGGAGAGUCAAGGGAUGAUAUUGACAGCUGAAAAGAAAGGAAAGGUACAUCUGUUGUCAUGUAAUGGUAGUGGUAGUCCUGGAGAUGAGGAUCAUAACUAUCAUGAUGUGGAAAACAAGCAUGAUGAAGAGAGGUAUGGUAUAGGAACAACAGAAUCUCCCAAGGUCGGUACAUUGGUCACAAUCAACAAUACAACCAUGCCGAUGGUGCCACUUCCCAUAUUGGAUAGAAAGGCAUUUCAAAACGCAAGCAAGUUGUUGAAAAUCGAUGCUCAAGGACAUGUGGUGUAUAACAAGAAAUACAAGUUGAUUGCAGGAACGCAAUUUGUUCAUGGUAGCGGUGCUCAAGAAAACGCCAAGGUUCGCUAAAAAGGCUUCUUUUCUCCCGUCGUUCCAAGAUUUCAUAUCACUUUGACUCCAAUAAAACCUACUUGGAAGAAAAUGGAAUUUAUGUUUUUACAAGUGAAAUGUACAAGUUCACCCUAGUAGUUUGAUCCAAGAAAUGAGUCCUUCCCGUCACUAUCAGACUCCAAUAGAGAAUAUAUAUUGUGGGCUGGAGGCAAAUCAAACAUGGGUUGAUCCUCAGGGAUGGUUAACAGGUCUAUUUGCAUUUGUUGUCUGGAGAUGCCAUGUAAUUCCUUACAGGAUGAGGUUGGAAUGAACGGAAAUGGUUCGUCGUCUUUGCGUUUGCUGUAUUUUUUUAUUCUCCGUCGUCUAUGGGGUGAACGUACACAACUCAGAGUCAAGGUUCUGUUAUAUAACCAAGGUCUGUUCAUCGUGGCAUAAUAACUUGGAGGCGAGUGCAUCGUUACACAAUCCAAAAUACGACACCGAGCGUCAAACGCCUCUCUCUCUUCCUAAGAAAUUAUUUUCCCAUUUGAAAGGAGCACAUGCCACAUGGCGCCAAAAAUAGAGAUGUUGUGGCAUUUUUCUAUGUACUCUUACGUGGCUCUUUGGGGUUUCAUAAAGAUAUCGAAAAGUCUUUGCGAUACGGUUUCAACACAAUGCUUAUAAUGUUGUGUAUGAAAUAAAAACAUACUGCAGUUU